UUUCUAUGGAUACGUUUAUAAAAUAUUUUUUCAACAGAAUAUUUUAGUAAAAUAGAACUGAUUGUGUUCAUAUGGGUUAGGAAUCUCGUUAUACACUAGGGUGUCAUGUUAUAGUUCUCCUGAAUAGUUUUGUGUACUUAUUACCUCGAUUGUACUAACAAUGUUUGGCAACAACAAUAGAGGUUCCAGUUUUUGGAGCAGCUCUCCACAGCAAAAUACAGGUAUUGCAAGCUCGUUAAACACAUUGGGUUCUUUGGUCCCCUCAGGGCAAAAUGUCGGCUCAACUUUCGGUGGUUUCGGUAGUAGCAACACGAUGGUCACUGGUGGUUUCAUGAACCAAACUACAGGAUCUACUUUUGGAGCAUCGCAGAACACAUCUCUAUUUGGUCAAUCUACUCAGCAGAACCCUUCUUCUGGUUUUGGUACUGUGAGCAAUACCGGCUCAUUUUUUGAUCAGAACAAGCAGGGAUUUAUGGGUUCUUCUAAUAAUAUAUUCGGCCAGUCUAGUACUAAUACUACCGGUGGUGGACUGUUCGGAUCUGGUUUGAAUACGGGGGUCACGUCUUCCUUCGGUAACAACAUGAAUACUGGGUCAUCUCUAUUUGGAAGUUCGACUCAGAAUACCGGUAGUACUUGGACUGGUGGAUCCAGUACUGCUUUUGGAACACAGAUACAGGGUAAUGAGGCAGCCACUACGCAGACUUUUGACAAUUGUUCUAUUACCCAUAUAUCCUUUGACAAGCCUGAAUUUUGUGCGGAUGAGUUUCGUUGGGAGUAUUACAAGAAGGCCAAUCCCCAAGUUGGUAGCUCCCUCAUGCAGCAGAAUACCGGUACCACAACAAGUACUGGCUUGUUUGGGUCUACCCAGCCCGCUACUACCAGCACAGGUAUUGGUCUAUUUGGCUCUAGCCAGCCUAGUACUACAACCACCACUAGUCCGUUUGCUACGACGCAGCCGGGUACUACGACAACCGGCACCGGUCUGUUUGGGUCAUCGCAACCCAGUAAUACUGGUGGCUUUUUCGGUUCAACACCCAGUACUACAACUACUACUGGCGGUCUGUUUGGUUCAUCGCAAACUAAUACUACUGGAGGUUUAUUCGGCUCAACUCAGCCGAGCACUACCGGUGGGCUAUUUGGUACCACUCAAUCCACUACUACCGGUGGUUUGUUUGGUUCCACUCAACCUAGUACUACUGGUGGCCUCUUUGGUACAACUCAGCCGAGUACUUCUGGUGGACUAUUUGGUACAACGCAGCCCAGUACUACCACUACAAGUGCUGGUUUGUUUGGCUCUACACAACCUAGUACUCCCACUACCAGCUCUGGAUUAUUCGGGUCUUCACAGUCUAACACCACUGGUUUAUUAGGUUCCACCCAACCUGCUUCGUCCACUACAGGUUUAUUCGGUACCAAUACCACGUCUAACACUGGUUCUACUGGCCUCUUUGGGAGCAGUACAACUUCUACUAUUGGCACUUCUAAUACCGGCCUUUUCGGGAAUUACAAUGCUAGUAACACCAAUACCACUACAGGUACAACUGGAACAGGUCUUUUUGGCUCAUCAACUAACACUGGUUCAACUACUACUGGUGCUACAAAUACCCUGUUUGGAUCAACUCAACCUAGUAGUACUGGUGGUCUGUUUGGAAACACCCAGGCUGCACCAUCGACCCAAUCCAAUUUGUUUUCCAAUUCGUCGUUGAAUACCACUACUGGUAACGCUUCUACAUCCUCUUUAUUUGGAACUACCGGUACAGGUAGUAGCAAUUUGUUUGGUACCAAUACCACUACUCCCGGGAGCUCAAGUUCUCUAUUUUCAUUUGGAUCUGGGACAAAUCAGCCUCUAGGUUCAAGUACAUUAUUCGGCCAGACGACACAGACACAGGGGUCUAAUACUAGUUUGAGCCGUUUAAAUAUUAACUUUAAUAUACGCGAUUCCUCUCCAGGUUUACGUAGCUUUUGGACAAAUGACGCUGCAUUACCUCAGGAGGCAAAGGAUUAUUUGAUGAAGAUCACUAAUGCGCGGAAGAAUCUUACGGAGACAUUAGCUCACAGUUCACAACCGAAGCAGUCGGAGUCGGUCAUUGAUGGUAUCGAGGACAUGAAUGAUCGAUUUGGCUGUCGUAAGAUUCUUAGGGAGCUUGGUGUAGAACUACCUCGUUACAUGCUCCAUAUUAGUAGCGACAACACUGAUUACGAUGAUGCUAAAUCACGGCAGCCAGUAGUUCCAACUCCUGAGGCAAAAUUCCAGGAAGGAUUCAGUGCUGGCUUCACCAAUGUUAUACAAAAAUCGCCUGAUGGUUCCCUAGAUGGUCACAGCAGCGACAAAUAUUCCUGCUUGGACGACCAAUUCUUAUCUUUACAUAAUGGUGGUGCUAAGGAAUUUGAGGCUCUACGUCAUCAAGCUCGUGGUUGUCAUUUACGCAGGCCUAAUGAUCCCGUUACUUUACAGUCUGAUGACCUUCCUUCUGUAUCUAGACGCAAGUCAUUGUUUGAGGAACAUGUCAAUCAAUUGACUUCAGAUGUAGAUCUAAUAACUCAGGAAGCCGAUCAACAACGUUCGGUCCUAGGCCAGUUGGAUACUCAAUGUAACGUGUCUCAGAAAUCCAUAUUAACUGAGGAUAAUGCGGAAGUAUUGCAGGACGAUAACGCUGUAUGUCUCGACAGUCCUUUGCCGCAGGAGGCGUCAUCUGCCUCUUCGUGUCCUAUAUUCAAGCUUGCUGAUGACACACCUGGCAAUCCACCCAUCUUAACUAGGGAGGGAUACUCUACAAGGCCCACGAUGGCCUCUUUACGUCAGAUGACCGAUAAGCAGUUAUCUAAUGUUAUGGAUUUUCAGGUGACACGUGAAGGUUUUGGUGAUAUAUUGUGGCCUGGCUACACUGACCUUCGAGGUUUGAAUUUGGACAAGAUUGUUGACAUAGGUAACAGGAAGGUAACUCUUUAUGGUGGCACAUCUCAAAUACAUCCUGUUGGUGAAGGCCUUAACAAACAGGCUACUGUUACUUUGUAUAACUGCAUACCGGAUGACAGCGGCAAAGAUAAAUCCAUAACUGAGACUGUGAAGCAGCUUGAGCAGCUAAAGGAACACACAGAAUCUUUAGGUUGCAAGUUUUUAUCUGGCAACUUAAAGACGGGUAAAUGGGUGUUUACAGCGCCCUGUUUCGUUAAAACGGGUGCCGGUGACGUUAUAAACCGCAAGGAUCUCGCUUUUAUGUAUUAGGUAGACUGUCUGAUUAAACUAAUCGUUACA